AUGCCAAAUACGAAUGGAUCAUCAUUUAUUUUAAAGAAAACUAGAAAUAUUUUAACAAACAUUCCCAGCACCAAUAAUAGAGAUGAUGAUGAUAAUGAUGAUGAUGAUGAUGAUGAUGAUGAUGAUGAUGAUGAUGAUGAUGAUGAUGGUGAUGGUGAUGAUGAUGAUUAUGAUAUCAUUGUAGGAUGA